AUGGCGCACACCGCCACAGGUGUCGAUGGGCGGAGCUUCGUCCCCUGCCUCCGCGGGCUAUUUAGGCUCCGAUACGACCAGGAAAGCGCAGAGGUGAGUGAGGUUCCCGACGGACGGUUCCCUCGCGCUUCUCGCUCGCAAGCAGAGCAAAUCAAAAUGAGGGCGAUAUUCUUCCUGGCGUUGGCUGCACUGGCCGCCGCUGAGCCAAGUCAAAGCAAGGUCAACAUCGUGAACGAGCCACAGGAUGGCGAUGUCCAUAACAGGGUCAAGAGAGAGCUCACGGGAGACCCGGAUGGCCACGGCCCAUAUAUCAACGUGGAUAUGGAGAUCAACGCUGGACCCCAUGCGCACGUAGCCGUUGACGUUGACGUCAACAUUGGUCAGUAACGCUUUGGCUUUUUCCGUAAUACUUGAGAUAUGUUGUAUAAUAUAGUUCUUUGUUGGAUACAUUACUAAAGAAAAAAAUAGAUUUUAUAAGUGUAUGAACAUGAUGUGAAUAAUGUUUGUGCAUGUUUGGUUUACAGGGAAGAAUUGGAUAGCACUUGUGUUUUUGAUUUGCUUUUCUUGCACUUUUUGAAGGGUGUCUGCCUCUACCUCUAUUUAUUAACCAUGGUUAAUCCCAACAUCAUUGGAAUCACUGAAAGAUUUUAGCUCGAGGACCAACCGUUGCAUUCAACGCAGAGCUUGCAAGAGGAAUGCGUCACGAAUAUUUGCGUGAGUCGUUCUAGACGGAAGAGGAGAAACCAGACAGACGCUCCUCAGGGCAACAGCGCAGUUACACGUGACCUUUAUGGAAGGUGUUGUGUAUAACUAAGAAUAGUUACUUGCAGGUCGUCAUUGUCAUGAUAAAAAAAAUAAUUUACUUUUCAGUGGUAUUUAAUGUACAAAUAAAGGUUUCAAAACA